AUGACCCUGCUGCGAGAAGAUCUCCAGGGCGCCGACCCUCGCCUCGUAGCCGAGCGCUUGGGGCUGGUCUCUGGCGGGCUUCACUCAGACGUGUCCGUUCGGGCGGCGCUGAGCCAGGCAGCAGCAACCUCCGAGAGGGACAGGCAGGCCGCUGCCCAGGCCACGGCCGCUCACGCAGUGGCACUGAAAGACGUUGGGGCCGCCCAGGAUCGCUGUCAGUCGUUGGAGGCCGAGCUGAAGACCAUGCGGAGCGAGCGUGCAGCCGAGGCUCGAGACCGCAAGGCAGGGGAGGAGAAGAUGAAGGCCCGAGAGGACGCCUUCAGAGGUCGCAACGCCGAGCUGGAGCAGUUGGCGAAGGCGCAGGCCGCGGAGCGCAGCCGGUUGGAGAAGCUGGAGCAGAAGGUGGAGGUCCUGGCUGAGGACCACACGGCCUUCAAGCUUCUUGAGGAGAGGUCUCGCAAGGCGCUGCGGUCGCUCUACAAGAAGGGCUUGGAGGAGCCGCUGGCUACCGCCAACGAGGGCCCCGCCCAGCUGUUUCCUUAUCUGGUCGAGGCGCUUGAGGAGGUCGUGAGCGGUGAGGGCAACAUCAUUGAAGAAGAAGCGUCUCUUGCAGGCGACAGCGGCAGCGUCCGGGGAUGA